AUGCCUACGCCGAAACAAGCGAAGAGGCUCGCAAGGCUGCGUGACAUGGGAAGGUCCCCGAGGCCUCCACGCAGCCCCAGCUGGGAGAAAUACGAGAUCAAGACCUAUCAGCAUGGCUACGUCUACAUCGUGGACCACGACCCGAACUACCUCCAAGUCCCAGACCGGUCCGUGAAGCAACAACAACAUGACGAGAGGUGCAUGCGCAUUGCGAACUUCUUCGACUCAAGAACGCCAUAUGAAGUCAUUUGCGUGGCGUUCCCUCGCGGGGCUACGCCCGCCGACUGGACACUCUACUGGGACGCAGAGCUGGCUACCAAGAAUGCAGACGAUCUCAUCAUGAUACAUUUCCACGGCAAGGCAUGGGGAACCAACCAAGGCUACAAAUGGUGA